ACCCUGCACCCUCAAGCAGGAUACAGACGUCACUGAAGUGUUAUUAUUGUUAGCAGAUUCAAUGCGUGUAGCAGCAGCUAUUUUUUGUUUUCAUCAUUGAGUUGAGCUGAGAAACCCGAAGGAAAACCAAAAUAUCCAUUUGUAAAAGUGAAAAGUGUUUUCCUGACUAAUCUUUGGAUACAUUUAGAAACAAGCGACAAAGGCAUUAGGAUGCCAUUUUACAAGUAUCUUUUUUCGCCGAAACUCUUCAAGGAGUACGAUGGUUCAAAGGAUGUCUAUGAGCCCGGAGCUUUCGAAAAGUACGGAGACCAGAUUCUUGCUGCUUUGAACUUGAUGUGGAGCGUAGGCUAUUACACGUCCCCGCUGUUGAUAACGUUUCUCUAUCGCCGUGGCUACCUGGUAGUGGAUUCCGUUGGUACACUGGCAAAGUUCACCACCGGAAUUGGCCUGCUAAUUAGCUUUCGCUAAUGCAUGCGUGGCCUGGGUCGAUCCAUGAAUGUGGUUUAUGUGCGCUUUGCCGAGUGUUUCGAGAACGCCAAACGACACGAUAGGACCCCGGAAAGCAAGAACCAAAUCCGCCGCUACGACUUUGACUUCAAACAUUGGCCGGUGGACUUUACCGUCACCAGUACUGUGCAAAGAGCGCAAGCUUCUAGAACUAAACCGUUCUGGAUUUCAUCGUUACCAUGUCAGAUUGCGGCAUAUCUCGCGAUUCAUACAUUUGGGAUACGUAUGAUAUAUCCGGGGUCGGUUAAAUUGCUGCAAAAUUAUAUUGACCCAAUGCUUCAACAAGGCCGUACUAAACUCAUCACCGAGCAGAAGGGCAAACGCAACAAAGUUAAAACAUCCGACGGCAACGAAAUCGAUACCGUUUUUAUAGACAAUCGUAACAAGAGUUUAAACGGGCGCACUUUGGUGUUCUGUUCUGAAGGAAACGCGGGAUUCUACGAGAUUGGUAUCAUGUCCACACCGAUCGAGUUGCAGUAUUCGGUUCUAGGGUGGAAUCAUCCAGGGUUUGCUGGAAGUAGUGGUUCCCCUUAUCCCGCUCAGGAUCAGAACGCAGUGGAUGCUGUAAUGCAAUUCGCCAUAACUGAUCUUGGAUUCACUCCCGACAACAUCGUACUGUACGGGUGGAGUAUUGGAGGUUAUUCAACGCUAUAUGCCGCUUCUCAGUAUCCAGACGUCAAAGGGGUCGUUCUAGAUGCUACGUUUGACGAUGUUUUGCAACUGGCCAUACCAAGGAUGCCGGAAAGCCUGUCCAAUAUUGUCAAGAUUGCUAUUAGAGAUUACGUCAAUUUGAACAAUACAGAACUGAUUGCUCAGUACAAUGGACCUGUUAUGUUGAUCAGGCGAACAGAAGAUGAGAUUAUUUGUUCAGAGGACAAUAAUCUAGCGACAAACCGUGGCAAUUUCCUGCUCAUCAAUAUGCUCAAGUUCAGGUUUCCUAACAUUUUCAAAACAGAACAGGAAAAUCUCGCCAAGGAUCUCCUAGCCAAACCUAUCGAGUUCAUGCGGGAUGGUGAGCUAACCAACUCUGUCCAUGCUAUUCCAUAUUCAAAUAAACUUCUAUUUUUAGAUUCUGACGAACUUUGUCUGUCGUUACUGAUGUCCUACUUGACGGACAAUGGUAACAACGGCACGUCGCGAAGUUAUCCAAUCGAAAUUGGCGCCGAAUACAGCAAAGAACAAAGAGAUUCAAUGGCUAAAUUCCUUAUACGGAAACACCUGCAGGAUUAUAAAUCAACCCAUUGCACCCCACUGCCAGUAGAGUAUUUCAAAAUCCCUUGGGAAAUCCCAAGCGACACUGACUUCGUAUUUACCUAAAAAGUAUCCUGGAGAUAAAAAAUAAGUAGACCUUUACUGAAUGCAGAAGCGCAUGCUCGCAAAAAAGCUGCAACAAAUUGUACUACGUUCCAUUCUCAACUGCAGAUCUAUUCAUUCAUCAUAUGUUUGUUUGCUCACUAGCAUAUAAAGAAAGGUAAGUUUGUUUAUUAGUUCUGUAUUCUAAUUCAUUUCCACAUUACAUAUGAUAAUGUACCUAUCCAGUUUCUGGUAAAUAAGACAGAGAGUAUGGCAAACACAAAAAAAUCCAUUCAAUAAUGUGCAAAUUGGUAGAUACGACACUGUCUAUCUAUAAGAUAUACCGCUAAGUGCUGAAAUAAAAUUCAUAAGCAUGUAGUUUCGUUUUCGUUACACUAUAUUUGCUAAUAACUACACACUCAAAUUUAUUUUGGUUUUCUUUAGGGUUUUCUAUUUCUGUACUGUGCAAUGCUAUGAAUUUUGAAGCACCUUACGGUAUACAUAUUUUAAAGUGCAUCUCUUGCUAUAAACGGGAGGAGAUUUUACAUUCGAAACUUUGCUUUAGUAGCAGUAGCUGAUAUUGUACGUCAACCUAUUUAUUGGUAGAUUGUAAGAUGUUCACGCAAGGAAGACACAACCAGGGAAUAAAAACAACUUAAAAUUACCACAGAUUGAAGUGUUGUGCUUACUCCUCACAUUAGUUUGGAGCAUUGGAAUAUAAGAUUCUUCGCGAGAUAAGGCAAGUAAUUUUGGGGCAGAGGACAUAUUUUGCAAAAGAAACUAACAAAAGUCAGAAUAUAAUAUACAUUGGUGCAUUCAUUAGCUCUCAGCAUUAA